AUGGCUUUGGAUUUCUCGCAGUAUGGUGGGCCCUCCGAGGAGUGGCUGGCAGUGGAAAAGACAUUGCCCGCGCGAACAUACGACGUUACAAUGGAUCCGCAUGUGCUCAAAGAAGCUGUCAAUGCCGAAAGAGAAAGCCGAGCCGCAGAGGUGAUGCCGCUGUUAGCACCACAUGUUCAGGUCAAAGACUAUACCAUCCCAACUCGCGAUGGCUCAACUAUCGAAGCUAGAUCGUAUAGGUCGGUCAAGACAGACGCGUCAGAAAGGCUUCCCGUGUACCUCUACUUCCAUGGCGGAGGCUUCAUAUUUGGCACACUCAGCAGCGAGGAUCCUCUAUGUGCGCAAACUGCCAUUAAGACAGGGGCGAUAGUGCUGAACGUCAAUUAUCGCCAUACGCCAGAACACACCUUCCCAACCGCUUGGUACGAUUCUCAAGAUGCAUUCGCCUGGCUGCACAAGAACAUAGACGAAAUUGGGGGAGAUCCAUCCAAAGUCGUCACGGGUGGCAUUUCAGCAGGUGGCACAUUAGCAGCAUCCCUCACACUCGAGCAACAUCUUGGAAAAAGCGAGGUGAUUGCAGGUCUGCCCACUCUAGCCGGACAGAUCUUGAUCAUCCCCAUGGUUGCCCAUCCAGCCACAUACGACCAAGGGCCUGGCAAGCUGCUCAAAACCUCGUCUUAUGUCGAGAAUGAAAACGCACCAAUAUUGCCGAAGAAGAUUGUCGACUUCUUCACAAAGCUUCUGGAUACUGCUAAGGCUGCUUCACCAGAUUUGAAAGACACCAAGUUCAACAUGGUCAACGCGACAGCAGAGGAGGUCAAAGGUUUGCCUCCUACAGUGUUUGGUAUCGCGGGCUUGGACCCGCUGCGCGACGAGGCUUUGCUUUAUGCGAAGCUACUUUCAGAGGCAAACGUGCCGACAGACAUUACAGUAUUCAAGGGCGUUCCGCAUGGUCAUAGGCGAUUUGGCAAGGCACUGAAGGCAUCUGAACACUGGGAUGAGUGUGUCGAUGGAGGCAUACUCUGGGUACUUUCUAAGCCGAAGGCUACUGGGAACUUUGACCUUCUCACGUUUUGGCAAACACGCCAAGAAGAUCCUAGUCUCGAAGGUCUCUUCAAUGUUUUGCAGCCAUCCAUUUCCGAUACCAAAGGAGAGAUAAGCUCAUUUCUGAAGCGUAUUAUAUCUCGAUACGGAAAGAGUCUUCUCUCCAACUUGAAACCUAAUUCUAAAGAUGUGGGAAAGAUGCUGCAAUGGCAUAUGCUGGAACGCGACAACGUUGCGCGAUUGCAAGACAAGCUUCGGAAGAGCAAGGAAAUCAUAUUGAUGGUUCAAAAGGAGAAAGACCAGUCCAUUUUGAUUGAGAGAAUGAACGCUCUAGCAGACGCUGAAACUGAGACUGCAAGACAGCUCAAUGAACGUCUCGAAGAUUUUGGAGGAAAGCUUGAGAAGCAGGGCGAGGCGCUCGGCCUAAUCUCUCGUAGCAUUGGAAGCAUUAGCUCAACUAUGUAA